AUGCGCUUUACGCCCUACGCCCUCGUCCCGCUCGCGCUCGCUGGCUGCGCUCGAGCCGCCGCCGUCAAGACCACGUCGUGCUCCGACCUGUGGGACGUCGCGCCCAAGCUGCUCGCCGACCUCGAGGUCUACGUCGCGCAGGACUAUGACGCUGGCACCAACUUUACCGCCGAACCCGCCGCCGCUUCGCCCGCCUACCCGCAGGCCGUGCCCGACCUGCCUGCCUUCUGCCGCUUCGGCGCCUACAUCCACACGUCCAACUCGUCCAAGGUCCAGUUCGAGCUCUGGCUCCCGACCGCCGAUGAGUGGAGUGGUCGGUUCUCGAUGGUCGGCAACGGCGGCGACGCGGGUGGCGUCAACUUCCCCGACAUGUGGGCGCCUCUGAAGACCUAUCAGAUGGCUGUCGCGUCGACCGACACGGGCCACAAGGGCAUCUCGGGCAACGGCACGUUCGCGAUCAACGGGCCCGACACGCAGCUCGACUUUGGGUACCGGGCCGUCCACCUCACGACCGUCUACUCGAAGGCGAUCGUCAAGGCGUACUACGGCCGGGCGCAGAAGAAGAGCUACUGGAUCGGGUGCUCGUCUGGCGGCAAGCAGGGCCUCAAGGAGGUGCAGGAGUUCCCGGACGAGUACGACGGCGUGCUCGCCGCAUCGGCUGCUCAAUGGUGGACUCAUCUCAACGCCGAGAUCUGGUGGGUCAACACGAUCGUCAACGCGCCGGGCUCGGCCGGCUACCUCAACACGUCCGACUACGAGCUCAUCGGCGCACACGUCGUCAAGCAGUGCGACGAGCAGGACGGCGUCAAGGACGGCGUCAUCACGAACCCGAGGGCGUGUCUGCCCGACCUGCAGCCGCUGUCGUGCGACUCGCCCGGCGCCAACUCGACGAGCUGCCUGAACGCCGAGCAGAUCGUGACGAUGUACCGCAUCUGGAACGACUACCACAAGGAAACGACGGGCGAGUUCCUGUUCCCCGGCUACAUGCCCGGCGCAGAAGGAAUCCCGGGUUUCUCGGUCACGGGCGCGCCGUACACGCUGGCGUGCGUCCUGAACAAGACCGAGAUCGGCAACUUUACGGCGAACCAGACAGAGCUCGAGCGGCUCCUCGAAAUCGCCGACGAGACGGAUCCGGGCAAGUCGAACGCCAUCAACCCCAACAUCCAGCCCUUCCUCAAGCGCGGCAAACUACUCACCUUCGUUGGGCUCUCGGACGUCAUCAUUCCUUCCGGCAUGACGAUCUGGUACUACGAGCAGGUCCGCAAGGCGCUCGGGUACCCGGCCGACCUCGGCGACUCGUACCGCAUGUUCACGAUUCCGGGCAUGGGCCACUGUCGUGCGGGACCGGGCGCGUGGAACUUCGGUUCGACCGGCCAGCGCCAACUCAGCCUCGGCGGCGCUUCAACGAGCGCGACGUUCGACGCCAAGCACGACAUGCUCCUCGCGCUCAUCGACUGGGUCGAGAAGGGCGUCGCGCCCGACAUGAUCAUCGGCGCCAAGUACGUCGACGACGACAAGCGCAAGGGCGUCAAGUUCGAGCGGCCCCACUGCGUGUACCCGAAGCAGGCGACGUACAUCGGCGGCGACGAGAACAAGGCGAGCAGCUUCCGGUGCGAGAACAUGGCCUGAGCGUCGUCGAGUACCUCUCUCGGGCGCCACUCCCUGCCCCCCUCUCUCUCUCAUUUCCGUCGGUCGUCGUCGGCGUUGUCGUAGUCAGUCGUACACGUGCCUGCAAGAAGGCUCAAUGCCACUU